GAGCGCGGCUGCUUCCGGUUCUUCCCUGUCCCCGCUUCCGGGGAGCUGAAAAGUCAGGUGUGACCCGGCUCGGACUGUGACAGAGCUGGAGAGGGGAGGGGGCUUCAGCUUUCCGAAAUGGCUUCCUUUGGGUGGAAGAGGAAGAUUGGUGAGAAGGUGUCGAAGGUAACAUCUCAACAAUUUGAAGCUCAGGCUGCUGAUGAGCAGGAUCUUGCUGACAGCGAUGAAGCUGAAUGGUCCCAUGACAUUAAAAGAAAAAAGGGGCUUCUCCUGGAAGACUGUGUGACCAAAAGUAAACAUCUGAAGGAUGAAGGUGCAAUUUUGGCUGAGAAUGAAAGGUACCGGGAGGCUAUUCAGAAGUGGGAUGAAGCACUUCAGUUAACUCCAGAAGAUGCUACCCUCUAUGAGAUGAAAUCACAGGUGCUGAUGUCUCUGCAUGAAAUGUUCCCUGCAGUGCAUGCUGCAGAAAUGGCUGUCCAAAGAGAUCCCCAUUCUUGGGAGGCAUGGCAAACUUUGGGACGUGCUCAGCUUGGAUUAGGAGAAAUCGCACUGGCCAUCCGAAGUUUCCAGGUUGCCUUGCAUAUCUGUCCACUAAGCCCUGAACUGUGGAACGAAGAUCUGUCCUGGGCGAGGAAAUUACAGCAGCAGAAGAAAGCAACCAAAGCUGAGACUGGGACGCAAAGCACGGCAUCUCAGGGAGAGACUUCAGAGGAGGCAAUCCCAGAUUACGAUUUUGAAAGUGACGAGAUAUUAGCGGUGUGUGCAGCCAUUGCCGAGAAGGAGAAAGCCACACUGGCCUCUAAAACUGUUGUCAUCGUCUCUGCUUCCGGGGAGGUUGAGACGGUAACUGAAAAGAAGGAAUGUGCAACAACAACCCCUGACGGUACCAUUUUUAUCAAAGCACGGUAAAGGGCACCGACUCUGCUGAUUGACAGCCGUGCCUUUGAAAUCCUGUUUUCCAACUUUCCCCCAUGCUGUAGCCUGUUUUUGGAUCACCUUGCACUGGAGUUCAUCUGCCCCCAACGAGUUAAGCUUCAGUAGCUGCAGUUGCUUCACUUUACUUCCUGAACCCCUCGCUACCGAUAUCUCAAGGAAGAUGAGAAAGGGCCUAAGGGCCACAGCAGUGCCCUGGAAAUACGACAGGGCACUAUGAAGACAGAGGUGGCUUCUCCUGGACUAGUUGGGUUUCCUGAGAUGGAGAUGAUGGUUUUGAGCUGGAAGUUGGGGAGAUGUGCAUUCCUCCUCCCAUAAACAGCCUUUUGUUAGGUUUCCCUCUUCUGCCUUACUUUGUUGUUAUUCCUGUCAUGAGCAGGAGGGGAAAGGAGGGAGCACCAAAGUGACAGGAACACGAAAGAAAGAAAGAAAGGAAAGAAGGAAAGAAAGAAAGAAAGAAAGAAAGAAAGAAAGAAAGAAAGAAAGAAAGAAAGAAAGAAAGAAAGAAAGAAAGAAAGGGGAAAGGGUGGAGGCCAAGCCUCAAAAUGAUGCUUAGAAGAAAACAUUUCGCAGUACGUGGUAUGCCAAACAUGUUUCAACUUAAAGACUCUGGCGACAAGAUCUGAUUUAAUCAGAUUCCACUGUUACUGCAGCAGUUUAUGGUAUCGGAUGUUGCUUCUGAUACAAGAUGCUCCAAUUCUUUUCUUUAAAAAAAAUCCAGUUACAAAAGAAUUCCCUAUUUGCAGUUGAAUGGAUAAAGGUGAGGAGUACAGGGUGCAAAUUGUCCCCUUCCUUCCCUUCCAAGAAACAGGUCUUGUUUCUUCACAAAAAGUAGUGCACUGUAAAGUAACGGUCAAUAGAAGUUUGGAGUACAUAUAUUGUAGUUAUGACUACCCAAAUAUGUUCAUAAACUGGAUUGUCCUGCUCAUCUUGUUUCCAGGGUGUGGAACAAGUUGGACACUAGGUUGUGGAAACAACUAGUUUUUACUACUGCAAUUUUAAAAUGAAAUGAAAUAGAAAUCUGCAAAGAAACAAGAUAAAAUGCAAUGCCCUCCAUAGUAUUUGCCCUCGUGCUCAUGCCAUUUGUCCAAGUUGUUGGGUCAGGGUUGAUGAAAUUCUAGUAUAUUGAAUAAGAUGUAUGUGUAAGUGUGCUCUUUUCUGUAAAUUCCCUUGUAAUCUCGAACCAAAUUUCUUUGUAAAGAGAUCUGCACCACAGUAGCACUUCUCAGGUCAUCCCAUGAAAUCUUGGUAGCCACGCUGAAUUUAAAGUUCUUUUUAAAAAGCCAUUAUUGAGAAAUUGUUUGACAGUAAAAUUUGGAAUAAACUCAGUUACACAAACCUGAAUUAAUAAUCUUUUGAAUCAAUGCAUAACAGGUUGAAAAAAAUGCUUUUGUAAGGUCCAUUGAUUGUCAUAAGAUUCAUAUGAAAGGUUUUUUCAUAUAGUUUCCCAAGAUCAAUGAAGUCUUUGACUCAAAUCACAUUGUUCCCAUAAUAGUUCCACAUUUCUUUUUUUUAUAAUAAUUUUUUAUUAAUUUUUACAAACAAAACUAAACAAACUACACAAACAUACAAUAUAACACUGUCCCUUCGUCUUCCCUCCACCCACUGGUUCACCUCUGCCACCAGUGAAACCCGUGUGCUUUGAGAAUCAAAGGGGUCCAUUGUAAGUUAGGUUUGGCCUCCCUCCUCCCCCCUCUUCCCCCCCCUGCCACUGAGAGGACAGGAAUGGAGGAGCUCUGAGGAUUGGUUUCCCCCAACUCAUUCAUAAGUAUACUUAAACAAAUACAAACAUAACAACAAUAGGGGAGAAUUUUAACUCCCCAAUUCUUAUUGCCUUAACCUUAUACUUGUGACUUCCUCGGUGGUCUUCCUCCUGGUUUUCCUUAAACAAAAUCUAAAGUUUAUGGCGGGUUUUCUAUUUCAGUUUAGAAUCCUUUUCUUAUAAUAUUAACUCAACCCUCCUCCUUUUCCAUGCUGCCCUCCCACAGGCCCCCUCCUGCCACAAGAGAAACCUGUGGGGCACAGCAUUUCCAAGGUUCCAUUAUAUCCCCUCCUCACCCCUCUGAGCACUCCCUGUCACUGAGUAUCUCAGAGUAAGGAAAGGAGAGUAGGCAGCUUUCUGCCUAAACCUAACUUAACUUUCAAAAAUUUACAUUAACUUAAAUUCUUUCCUAAGCCAUUCUUAUAAUUCCCUCCAGAAAGCACAACUUUUUCCAUUCAUUUUUACACUCCAUCUCCUCUCCCUAAGUCUUUCCCCCCCAAUUGGAUCAGCAUUUCCGUUAACAGGCCAAAAUUUCAAAAACCGUCUUUCAGAAACUAAAAACAAAAUCUUUUAACUAAAAUAUUCACCCCACACCCAUUCUUUCCCAUAUCCGUCUCCAGACCCUUGUCCCCCCCUGCCCCUGUCUUUCCCAUUCCUCCCUAACAUCACUCCACAUUUCAACCCCUACAGGAUCUUCAAGUCCAUUAAUCCUCAAAUACCUUUGCUUCUCAUUUUCUUGUUCUACUUGAUUUUCUUCCUUUUGAAGUCCAUGCUUUGCUUCAUCCCCAACAUGUUUUUUAUAGUCCAAGUCCUCUUUAAGGUUUUCAACUAGUUGUUUCUCCUGACAUCCAGAUUCAAUCUCCACAGUGUCCAAGAUCAAAUUUUCCUCUAAAUCCUGGACUUGGACUUCAUCCUCGACUGCUGGUAAAUUGGGAUGUUGCCGUUCCUUAUAGAUGUCCUCCCAUACUUGUAGAUAGUUUAGCACAGCCUCCUGGAAGGCUCGAGAGUACUUUGUUUUCAUAUUUCUCCUGACCGCAGACAAACAGGAGGUGGAGAACAAAGAGGUGCUGGAAAAUUCCUUCCUCAGACGAUCGACUCCAUUUUGGCAGUUCUUUUCCUUUGUCUUUUAACUCAAUCACAACUCCAUUCUUAGUUCCAAUAUUAAAUAGUUCUACCACAUUUUCAGACAAAUUUUACUGAUUGCAACAGUACAAUAAAUCCACCCAGUCUUUUGACAGCUUGACAGCUUUUGACAGCUGUCAAAGCACUCUCCCCCUUAAUAAUGCUGUACCUCAAGGGGUGCCGGACUCGGGAGUUGAGAGGGUUCAAAAAAGUCUUUCUUUCUCUCGGGUCCACAGUCCCAGAUGCCUUUUGUCGUUCAGCUUAAGAUUAUUUAAAGCGCCUCUCAGUUUUCCAUUAGGAAGAGACCGACUUCCGUUUCUUUAAAGCCUCUCCUAUUUUUCCAAUUAACGAAUUUAAAGUCCGUGAUCACAAUUCCACUUACUUUUUGGAAGUUUAAAUUUGUUCGGAAGAAUCUGCCGCUUGCCGGGUCAGGACUCGGAGCUUCACUUCUCAGAGGUAAGAUAUAGCCCAAAAUGGCUCCCGCGGUUCCACCCCGCCGGCUCUCGAUCGCUCUAUUGAGCUCUCGGGCAGCGGGGGAUCCGCAAAAAACGGAGCAACCGCUGGGCGCGUGAGUCACCAGGACUCUCUACCCGGUGUUUUUACGGGGAAUCCGCUCGCUCUGCGGACUUCCCCCCCCUCCGCGAAGCCAGGGACAUCGGCGCGCGAGGUCCCUGCGUCCUUCUCUCCGCCGCGACAGACCGGAAGUCCCACAUUUCUAAUUUACUUAGCCAUCACUUUAAUCCAGCUAUUCCUGUGCAUCUGAUCACUCAGAGUAAGUCACAUUGAGUUUAAAGGGACUUAUUUCCAAAUAAAGGUGCAUAGGAUUGUACCCUAUGAAAGACUGGGAAUCUGGGAGCUACAGUGACAUUUUUCAUCAGCCUCAGGAGAAUCUAAGCUGCUGGUGGUGUCCUUGUUCCUGCCAGCUUGAACAUGGAAAGUGUUAUCCUGAAUUCAUUUAAGCUUACCAGAGCUUUUUUGUUUCAGUGUUGUGACUUUCAUAUAUGCACCACAGUAUGAGAGCAAAUGAAUUAAGAGGACAGAAGAUCAAGACUUCCCUCUCAGAUAUGUAACUUCAUCAGAAAGUCUCUUGAAGAAGUAGCUGUUGGUCACUGUUCUUUAGCUACUGGUAUUUUAUCCAUUCUACUGGCUUUAUUCGUUUUAUCCUGAUUUCAUAUCCCUGGUUAUGUUUUGCAUGCCUAGGUUUGUCACUGAAUAUUCCCGUGUUGUAAUUAAAGUUUGCUUAGUAAGAGAAUGAAGUCUUUGCUUAAAAUCUGAGUUGUCCUUCAGUAGUCACUGAGUGCUGUGCCCUGGUUGUGCUCCACACUAAAGAAAUUAUGUAUGCAGGCAGUUCUGAACCAUGAAGAGCUGAGUUCUAUGAUAUAAAUAUGCAGAACUACUUACAUUUUGCCUGCUUAGUUUGUCAGUGUUUAGCGUUUUGCAUAACUUAUUUUGGUUUUCUAGGCUGGGAGCAGGGAAGGGACAAUGAAGAGCACUGGGGUUCUUGUUGUGCCUUGAGAGAGGGCCAAGCAUGAGAUGCUCGAUGCACCGAGGAGGAUAACUCUGUUCCUAGCCCCACCAGGUCCUGGCCAGCCAGGCUUCCCCUUCCCCUUCUGUCUCUGGUUCCUUCAUUCCUCUCAGUGGGCUGCUGCCCUUUCCUUAUAUUGCUUUGCUGUGCAACUUCCCCAAGAGGGAAGAAAGGAGCUAGAAGUCCUGUUUCUCCAGCCAGUUCUAAAGAGGGGUAAAUAGCUGCCUUCUCCACCCUCUGUUCCCUGGUCUCAGCCAUAUGUCAACCUCCUGUCCCCCGUCCUUGUUUGGCUUAGCCUGCCCCCCCCCCCACACACACACCUGAGCCUAGACUUAUGACAACUAUUUUGGGCAAUAAAUUUACAUGGAAACUUAGGAGUACCAAGAAAAGGACUGCUUAGCUAUGUCUUGCAUUGGUGUCUGGACGUAGCUAAAUCCCUUAAAACAGGGAUGGGGAACCUGUGUGCCUUCAGUAGUUUCAAAGACUCCAACUCCCAUCAGCCCUCCUCUCACCCCACCAGCCAGCCAAGGGUAGUCAAUGAUCAGGGGUGAUGGGACUUGUAGUCUGGAGGGUCACAAGUCACCCACCUGACUUAGAUGUGUGCAUUUAUACUUGUUGAAUGUGGUGUUUGUGUUAUGAAAGGUGAGAUAAUCAAAGACUUGAGCAGACAGACACAGACUUCUGUACUCCAGUGGCAUGCCUGCAUUUAAUGGUGAUUGCCAGAAGAGAUUUUGUGCCAGUACAGAUUUUGUAAAAUGUAUCGCUGACAUUCAGGCUCAGAAUUGUAAUUCCAACAGAGAAAGCAAUGCACAUGGAAACAUGUUGAGCAACAUAACAUGCUUAAUA